AUGUCCACCAUUAGCACAGACGGCCUCCUCACGGAGGACAUGCCGCUGAACGCCAUUGCUGUCGUCGGCGUGGGCUGCAAAUUUCCCGGCGCCGACUCAGUCGAGGAUUUCUGGCGCAUGCUAGACGCGGGAGAGUCGAAGCUAAGCGAACCACCCAGCGGACGCUUCCCUGCCCACGAACACCAACGUGACACGGACAAGACGGUAUUCUUCGGGAACUACCUCGACGACAUUGCCAGCUUUGAUCACCGUUUCUUCAGGAAGUCAGGCCGCGAAGCAGCGUCCUUAGACCCUCAACAACGACUCUUGCUAGAAGUCUCCUACCAAGCCCUUGAGUCGGCUGGCUUCUUCGGCCCCCGCAAGCCCGACUUGGACGUCGGCUGCUUCAUCGGGGUAUGCGCGUCAGACUACAAUGACAACGUAGCCAGCCAUCCGGCCAAUGCCUUCUCUGCUCUUGGGACCCUGAGAGCUUUCGUCCCCGGCAGGAUCAGCCACUUCUUCGGGUUGUCUGGGCCUUCAAUUGCCCUGGACACGGCCUGCUCAUCAUCAGCAGUAGCCAUCGACGCCGCCUGCAAAGCAAUCCUGCACGGCGACUGCAAGAGCGCCAUCGCCGGCGGCGUCUCCAUUUUCACAAGCCCGUUCUUCUACCAGAACCUGGCUGCCGCCUCAUUUCUGAGCCCCACUGGCGCGAGCAAGUCCUUUGACGCCAAUGCUGACGGCUACUGCCGUGGCGAGGGAGUCGGCCUUGUCGUUUUGAAGCGACUUUCUGAUGCGAUUGCCGACGGCGAUAAUGUAUUGGGCACGAUACUUGCUACCGCUGUUAGGCAGAGCAGCAGCAAAGUGCCCAUCACCGUUCCGUAUAGCCCGUCACAGACGGAACUCUACCGCAAGCUUCUGAUUACGGCUGGUAUCACGGCUGAAGACGUUACCUACGUUGAAGCUCACGGUACGGGGACGCCCGUUGGCGACCCGCUCGAGUUCGGCGCCAUCAAGGAGGUCUUUGCCAGCGGGGAGAGAGAUGUCCCUCUUCAUUUUGCGUCUGUAAAAGGAAACAUAGGCCAUACUGAAGGGGCUUCUGGAGUUGCUGGUCUCAUCAAGACUCUUUUGAUGAUGCAGUAUCGUGCCAUUCCCAGACAGGCUCAUUUUCAAUCUCCCCAUCCUAAGAUUAGCUUGGUUCCCGGGCGAAUGUCGAUCCCGACAGCAACCAUCCCUUGGACUGCCGACACACUCAUCGCUUGCGUGAACAAUUACGGGGCAGCUGGUAGUAUCGCCGCCAUGCUUGUCAGGGAACCGCCUUCGAAGACGACGCUGGCACGAAGUUACCAAGCCACCGCAUCAAGUAAUCUCGAUAAACUUCCCGUAAUCAUUACUGCCAACAGCGUCAAGAGCCUUGGCGAGAACGCCGCAAAGCUGUUAGACUACAUCUCCUCUCUUCGCAGGGGCUCGGCUUCAGAGGUCGAAUCAUUAGCUGAUCUCGCGUUCAAUUUGAGCGAGAGGCAGAAUCGGACUCUCCCAAACAUGCUUGCGACGACAGUUUCCAGCCUUUCAGAAUUGAAAAAUCAGCUUCAGAUUGUGGCUUCCAAUCCCGAGUCACCUCUCUGUCGGAUCAACCCCAAGCCCAAUCCAGUUGUCAUCAUCUUCGGCGGUCAGACCUCCCGCUCUGUGGGCCUCAGCAAGCACGUCUAUGACAGUUCGGUACUCCUUCGCAAGUAUCUUGACGAGUGCAACGAUAUCAUCCAAGGCUUCGCACACCCAGGGAUCUACCCGGGCAUUUUUGCGACCCAGCCAGUUGAUGACGUGGUUUCGCUGCAGACGAUGCAGUUUGCCCUUCACUAUGCCUGCGCUCAGUCUUGGAUCGCUUGCGGUCUGCAGGUCGACUGCGUUCUAGGUCAUUCAUUCGGUCAGCUCGUCGCUAUGGUUGUUUCGGGCGUUCUGUCUCUUGUAGACGGCCUGAAGUUGGUAUACGGGCGGGCCGUUUUGAUGCGCCAGAAAUGGGGCUCGGAAAGGGGCUCCAUGAUUGCUCUUGAAGCCGACUACGCUACCACAAAGGACCUCAUCUCAACAGUGCAGAGACUGGACGUCUCUUCUAACUACCGUCUCGAAAUAGCUUGCUUCAACGGGCCUUCAAGUCAUGUCCUCGUAGGGUCUUCUGCUGCAGUCGAUGCUGCACACGUUCAAUUCAUGAGCAGAAGUCCUAAGGGCAGGGCCAAGGUCUUAAAUGUGACGCACGGCUUCCACUCGAGGUUCAGCGACCCGAUUCUUGCCGACUUGGAGAAGCUCGUUGAGGGCUUGUCUUUCAACAAGCCCAAGAUUCACUUCGAAACCUGCUCGAUGGGAGAGGCGUGGUUCGACAUCACGGCCAAGCAAGUCGUCGAUCACACUCGCUCGCCCGUCUACUUCGAAGAUGCCGUAAAACGUAUUGAGGCACGCCUCGGCGCAUGCACUUGGCUGGAAGCUGGGUCUAAUUCAGCGGUCACUAGCAUCACUAAACGCGCUCUUUCUAGCAGCAACACCGAUAAUCACUUGUUCUGUCCUGUCAACUUGACUCGGGAUGACGCGUUGAGUUCAGUAGCAGACACGACCGUCAACCUCUGGACACACGGCCACCACGUUCAAUUCUGGCAUUUCCACCAUCUUCAGAAGCAAAGCUAUUCAGCCCUGAAUCUUCCUCCUUACCAAUUUGAGAAGACUCGACAUUGGCUGGACUUCGACCUUCAGGCAGGGGUCUCAUCUGAGCUGUCCCAAGUGCCGGCGAAAGCGUCCGAGUCUCUUGUCGCUGAGCCAGAGCCUGGGCCAGUGCUCAUUACGCUAUCUGGUUUCCAUGAUGGGACAUUCCGUGGCACCAGAAAGGCGACUUUCACUAUCAAUCCUCGUUCCGAAUGUUGGAAGGUGCUCGUCAGUGGCCAUGCUGUGCUGAAUGAGCCACUUUGUCCAGCGACUAUGUACAUCGAGCUGGUCAUGCAGGCCACCAAGCAGCUCGCGGCCGUUGAGAACAUCGCUUGCGCGCCUUUUGCACGCGUGGAUGAUCUGGAGAUCCCUUCGCCCCUCGGGAUGGGGCAGGAUAGGGUCGUUCAGCUUAUUUUGAGCCCGUCGGAUCAGAUAGGUUACAAGUUCGACUUCGCCUUCGUCUCUCAAGAGCGUUCAGGUAGACAAUCGCCAGUCUCGACCACGCAUGCUACCGGAAAGUGCGAGAUAGUGCCAUCAAGCGAUAAGAGCAUCAUGACUGAGCUAGAACGAACCAACAAGCUCCUUCGUCGAAUGCAAAAGAACCAAGACAAGGGUCAGAUGUUUACCGAGAUGGCUACGCAGCCUGGCGGCGAAGCUGUCCAAGGUAAACUGGUGUACAAGAUCUUUUCCCGAGUCGUUCAAUACGGCGACAUUUACCAAGGCGUUCGCAGAGUCGCAGGCAACAGCGACGGUGCCGUCGUUGCCGAUGUCGUCUUGCCCAAGCCACAGCCGGCCUGCAUACAGGAUCUCGUCUCUACACCCGUGGCUAUCGACAACUUUUUCCAGGUCCCCGGCUUAUACGCCAACUGCCUUGCUCCUUGUCCACCAGAUGAUGUUCUGGUCUCUACACACGUCGACCGAGUUCAGUUGUCGCCUGAUUUUGGUGAGGCACAGGCCGUAGGGAACAGCCCUGGCUGGGAUGUUUUUGCGAUAUCCACGGCUACGAGCGACAGGGAAAGCAGCAACGACAUCUUUGUCACAGACAAGAUCACCGGAAAGCUCGUUUUCGUUGCUUUUGGAGCCAAGUUUAGCAGGGUGAGGAUGGCAUCUCUUGCCAAGAUUCUGUCUCGUGCGAACCCUUCCGAUAAAUCUGAAGCUGUGUCAACCAAACCAUCCCAACGGAGUUCGGCUACAGUUGUCAAGCCCGCCACAAUUGAGGCAGCGCCUUUGAAGGCUCCGUCGCCAGCUUCCAAUUCUCUCCCAAGUAUCGCGGCUGCCGUCAAUAGCAUAUUGCUAUCUUCACCGCCGGUCCGCCUUGCCAUUGCUAGGAGUGUGGCAGAUGAGCUGCGUGAUUUGCUGAGCAAGAUGACAGAUGUCCCGGCAGAUCAAUUCCAUGAUGACACCACGCUUGAGGAGCUGGGAAUUGAUUCUCUCAUGGCUACGGAGAUUGUGUCUGAGGUCAACGAGGUUUUCAAGAUCUUGAUCCCGCAGGACCAACUUCAGGACAUGCAGACCUUCUCAGCUCUUUGCGCAUAUCUCGAUGGCUAUGGAGCUAAACAAGCAUCUCAGAGGUUACAGGGUACCUCUCAGCUUUCGAAGUAUCCCGUUGUAGCUGUUCCUUCUGCCCAAUCCACGAAUCCAGCGAAUCGAAACAUCAUUUUCGACUCUGAAUUUCCACCUACCACAUCAGUGGUAGAGCCAAGCGGCUUACAAGAGCAAAACCAGCGCGUCGAUUUGAUACCGCGACUGGCAGAACUGCUAGGAAACCAUCUCGAGUGCCCGGCCACUGACUUUGAUCGCUUGACGAAUCUUAUCGAUCGUGGCUUGGAUUCUCUUCUCUGCAUGGAACUUAUGAGCGACAUGGAGGAGAUGUUCGGAGUUUCUAUCGACGCAUCCUCUUUCACAGACACCUGCACCUUCGGGGAUCUCACGGACAUUCUCGUCGGCGCCGCUGCACCCAUUGAAAAUGCGGCAACGACAGAACCCAGUACGGCUGACUCUUCCCCAACGCCGUCUUCUGGCUGCUCGACAGACGGCACCGACUCUAGCGUCAUCAUCGACAAUAUUCCUAUCCCGCUCAAGACAGAGCAGCUGCUCUCAUCUCCAGCCAGCCCGGUCCUGGCCGGUGCAGCUCAGGAGUUUGAGGGCAUCAAAGGUGAUUUUGACAAGUUCGCCGCCAUGUACGGCUUCAGUGACUUCUACACCAAGGUAGCCGACAAGCAAGCAAACUUGGUUCUCGCCUACGUCGUAGAGGCCUUCUCGAACCUUGGCGUUGACCUCAGUGCACUGAGGCCCGGCGACAAAAUUCCCAAGAUCCCAGUGAUAUCAAGACAUGAACGUAUGCUGGGCGUUUUUCAUAAAAUCCUCCAACGCGGCAAGCUGGCCGACUACGAUGGCAGGCAGUACGUCCGCUCGGAGACGAUCGUCGACGCCACGCCCUCUAGCAGCCGUUUCAAGGACAUCCUUUCGGAGUUCCCCCAGCAUGCUAAGGAGCAUACCCUCCUGAAUAUCUGUGGUUCAAAGAUGGCUGCGAUUCUGAGUGGCAAGAUGGAUCCGCUAUCGAUUCUGUUCGGCACUAAGGCGAACCGCAGCGUGCUUGACGACGUGUACGCGACGGCCCCCAUGUUCAUCAUCAAUUCCCAGCUUCUCACAUCCUUCCUCGAGAGGGCGUUGUCCAAUUCCACCCCUGGACCUGACGGGAAGUAUCGCAUUGUUGAAUUGGGAGCGGGCACAGGCGCAACAACGCGAUGGGUAGUGGACAGACUUGUGCAGAAGGGAGUACCUAUCGAGUACACCUUCACCGACAUCUCUUCCGCAUUAGUGUCUGGGGCCAAGCGCAAGUUUGCCGGGCUCGAUUGUAUGAAGUAUGGCACUAUCGACAUCGAGAAGCCGCCCGCGACACAGCAUCUUGGGCAGUACGACAUCGUCCUAGCCACGAACUGCAUCCACGCCACUACCAACCUACACAACUCUCUGACCAACAUCAACAAGCUCCUACGGCCUCAUGGCUUCGUGUCACUCGUUGAACUCACGACGCGAAACUACUGGCUGGACAUGGUGUUCGGUCUCCUGGAUGGUUGGUGGCUGUACGACGACGGCCGCCCCUACGUACUCGCGACCCCAGAAUUCUGGGACGACACAAUGAGGCAGGUCGGAUUCCAACACGUCUCGUGGACGGGCAGCCACAAAAGCGAGUCUGAGGUCUGCAGGGUCAUCACCGGUUUCAAGCAGCCUGUCCAAGAUGCAUCUCAACACCGCAGCAUACCUCAGGAGAAGGCUGGCGGCAUUGAAACAGUCGUCUUCACGCACACAGACAAGCAACUUCCGCUCCGAGCAGACAUUCACUACCCUUCAUCAUCUCAGGCGUCAGCGCAUAUGCAUUGGGUUACCGGUCUGAUAGUUCACGGAGGAGGGCAUGUGAUGCUGUCACGUCAGGACGUCCGGCUGCGUCAAAUCCAACUUCUUUUAGACAACGGUGUCUUGCCCGUGAGCGUGGAUUACAGGCUUUGCCCGGAGACGACCAUUCUCAAUGGGCCGCUUGUUGAUGUUGCCACAGCAUAUGCUUGGGCAAGAAACACCCUGCCAGACCUGAAGCUAACUCAAACGAAAACUAACAACCUUCUCGAUCGCAACCGAGCUGUGGUUAUCGGCUGGUCGACCGGGGGCACCUUGGCCAUGUCCUUGGCCUGGACCUCCGUACCGCGUGGCAUCCCAGCUCCUGACGCGAUCCUUGCCUUCUAUUGCCCGACUGAUUAUGAGGACGAAUUCUGGCGGAAGCCAAAUGUCCCAGACCACUCGAGUGGGUUCUCAAACGAGACCUACAAUGUCAUUGACGGGGUCUCUCCUGCCCCCAUCACCGGAUACAACGUGCCUCCAAAGAUGAUGGCAGCAGCGGGCUGGAUAGCACCAAAAGACCCCCGCAGCCGUGUCGUGCUGCACAUGAACUGGCACGGACAAACACUACCCGUCCUCUUCCGUGGCUUGCCUUCGGUCUCGGACGUGCCAUCACACACGGCGACCGCAUAUAACAAGCUGGAGCAACCCGCAUUGGAUGAGGUAGUGCGGGCAAGCCCUUAUGCCCAGAUUGUCAAGGGCAACUACAAGUCACCGACGCACAUUGUUUUCGGCACUGGAGAUGAUCUGAUUCCAUGGGAGCAGGCCCAGCGUACAGUUGAUGCGAUGAGAGAUGCGGGCAUUCAGUCGGGGCUUACUCUUGCCCCUGGUCAACCUCAUCUCUUUGAUCUCUUUCGGGACCCCGAUGGGAGUCGGUGGGGUUAUGUGAUGGAGGGCUACAAGUUUUUGCUUGGGAGAAUUGGGAGAGAUACUAAGUGA